CGUCGGAGGCAGAAACAGGAAGUGGGAAUCUCCUCUCUGGGCGGGCCCUCUCAUCCAGCACGUGAGCUCGCACCACUGCCCUACGUAUUGUCACCCGAAAAAAAUCUUGGAACCAUGUCGAAUACGGAGAGUACCGUUUCCUGUCUGACAAAGGCCAUUCAGAAAGGAAAUACAGAAGUUGCAAGAAUACAUGCUGAAAAUGCAAUCCGUCAGAAAAACCAAGCUAUAAAUUUCUUGAGAAUGAGUGUUAGGGUUGAUUAUGUGGCUGCCAGAGUUCAAACUGCAGUAACAAUGAGCAAGGUAACAAAGUCCAUAGCAGGUGUAGUUAAAUCUAUGGAUGCUACAUUGAGGAGUAUGAACCUUGAAAAGAUUUCUGCAUUGAUGGACAAAUUUAAACACCAAUUUGAAACUCUGGAUGUUCAAACACAGCAAAUGGAAGAUACAAUGAGUAGCACUACAACCCUAACAACUCCAGAAAACCAAGUGGAUAUGCUGCUUCAUGAAAUGGCAGAUGAAGUUGGGCUUGAUCUCAAUAUGGAACUACUACAGGGUCAGACGGGUUCUGUUAGCACAAGUGUUACUUCAAUUGAGCAGGAUGAACUAUCACAGAGACUUUCUCGUCUUUGUGAUCAAGUAUAA